AUGGAGCAAAAGAAGCCGAUCGCUGCGACCGCUCGCACUAAAACCCCCUCGGUGAACUCUGGAGUCUCGGUACUCCAGAGUCUCCAACGUGAGAAUGACACGCUUCGGUCAGAGCUGCUACGGUCGAAGCAGCACAAAACGCAGUUGCAGCGACAGCUGAAUGAGUUGCGCACAGUGACAGAGCAGAUUGUACGGGAGGUGACAAUGUCGAGCAAGGAGCAAGUGCGUGCUCUGGAAGAGCGUUGUCGACUCCUAGCAGAUCGGCUUGUUGCAUCGAAGCGUGAGGAGCAGGUGACCGAGACGGCGCGCGUAGGCUUUCUUCUCCGCUCGCAAAUUGAAGAGCGUCAGUUCCUGAGGCGGGGAUUAGAAGCAAUGCAGGAGGUUUUAGUCGGUGUGGGCGACAGCGCUGCAUCUGGAUUCCGGAAUGGCCAACUGUCCGUCAGCGCUUCUACUCGCCCAGCGGACGAGGGGCGAGAUGGAGAAGUGCACACCGGAGACUUGUACCGCUUGAUGAUGACCGUCUCAGACGCCUUGCAUGCUCAUACAGCUUCUGCAAAGCUCGAGAAGGCGCGCACCCGGCUGACUCUCGAGCAGGCCGCCUCACUUCUAGACGAGCUGCGGGAUGCUGUGGAGGAUGCGACGCGCGCUGCUUUUGACGCUGCUGUUCAGACCAGCGUUGUCUGCGACGCGGGCACCACAUUGGCGGCUGGUGGUGACGCUUUUCAGCUCUCGUCAAUGCUGAUGGCUCCUCGUGGCACACCUGCUGCCACCGCACAGAAUGCCAGUGGCUUUGCCGACACCACAUCCUUUCUUCACCGCCAAGGCGCGGGCGCCUCUCCGUUCGCUUACUCGGCGAUGGCGCCAUCGCCUUCCGCGCAGCUUAGCUUGGAGCUGGAGUGGGUGUGCGACGUUCUGAAGGCUUGCAUGAAGGGCGCAACGGAGGUGCGCGUGCUCCUCGGCGCCGCUGCCGAGGGUCUCAAGGCUCCGCCACUGCAGCAGCGUCGGCGCGUCGCGGGUGACCGCUCCUCGGCGACCGAGCAAGUCCCUCCGCUGGAGUUAACAGCCAGUCCUGAAAUGAAUGCAUUGCUUUGCAGUUUUCUUGAGGAUCUCUCCACUAUCAAGGAACGGGCCGCCCGACAGCAGGAGGACAUGGCACGGCAGCUGGCUCACGAGGUAGAGCGGCACUUCCAGUCCACACAACAGUACGAGGAGCGCGUAAAGCUUCUCGAGGCUGAGUGCGCGCGGCUGCUCUUUUACAUGGAGAAGCAGGCGACGCAGAGUCCGAGAGUAGAUGCGACAACGCCGACGCCUGCCCGCCAGCACGCGGCGGUGUCCGCGAUGCUCAUGCCGUCGUUGGUGCCCGUCCAGGACACCCAUAUCACACCGGAGCGCUGCAUAGCGACUCGUGGUGUGGCGAAGCUGUCUGAGCGGAGACCCGCUCGGCCUCCACGAAAAACGUCGGCGGAGACCUCGCGUGUGCUUCUUGCUGACCAGCGCACCCCUCCUCAGGUAAGCCGCUCGGCAAGGCCCAUGGAGGCGCAGGAUGCGGCGCUUUCCACCUCGGCUGGCCAUGCCAUAAAAGUUGACAAGCCAGCGCAUGCGAACCGCGACACCUCGCCGCACUACUUCCUGCAGGAGUUUUCGUUAGACCGACCCUACUCGGCCUCUGAACAGUCGCGCGCCACGGUGCCUAUCGCUCCAUCUCCCACGGCUUCUACGAUUUGGUCUGCGUAUAGAGAUCGAAAGGCCAGGUUGCAGCACCUCACUUCAGAGGCACUGCGGUCACCGCCGGGACUUCACUCUCCACUUCUCUCUCCUGCACCGCCAGCUGUGCAUCCCAAGACCCUCACCACGACCACCAGCUCUUCGACUGCCUUCGCACACAGUCUCUCCCCACAGCGGCGCUCGACGACUGUGUCUACGCCGCCACGGCAGCAAGGCACGACGACGUUUCGCACCGGCACCCCGACACCCGUGCUUUCCUCUGUGUUCUCCACGCCAAAGAGAUCUUCAGUGCAUCCCAACAACGCCGCGGACGGCUCGGUGUCGCCGCACAACCUCACGCGCGCCGCUGCUGCUCCCCUCUCCUCUGCGGAGCCGCCGCCUGCCAUCACAACUGCCGCCGGGCCGCGAGACCCUACUCCCCCUCUCUCUGGCACCCCCGUCACCACCUCGCGUCAGGGGCACAAAACGAGUCGUCAUCGCACGCAUUUACCACCCCAGCUUUACGAUGAGGCAGCUGCCGACUUUUUUUCCUUUCACUCUACUAGCCUUGGGGCUGUUCCCUCGACACUGUCAUCGAUGCAGCGACUUCGGUUGGGGUCUUCGCAGAUGAGCGACUUUGGCGGCACGGCAGAGAUGCGAACGCAGUCUCCUUGGCGACUGGUACAGCCCACAUCGAACUCCAACCGCGCUUCACCCGGCGAGUCCACCGUACUGAGGACUGGACGGCAGCUUCACACCCCACCCGGUCCUGUCUCGGGGGUGCUGUUGGGACACGCCUCUAGAGGCGGCGGCGCGGUGGACACCUUGGGACAGGCGGAGACGCCCGGCACCCCUCCCAUCUGGCGCCGUAUCAAGGAGGAGGCGUCCUUUCAACCCCAUCAUUCACCCUCUCCGAUUGCCGGUGGUGACGCCUCCUCGUUGUUUGGCACACCUUGCGAGGUGCCAUGGGCAAAUGUAUGA